AUGGACGUCGACCGUACGAGUGCGGGCGCGACGGAACCACUCGGUAAACACGUCGAGAGCGUUGUGACGCGCGUAACGACUACGACGGCACAUGCUCGACCCGGUCAGCCUCGACCAGCUGGACACGAACGGGAAGCUGCGCUGGACGAUGCUGCCAGUCCGGGUGCACCUGGAGACUAUGCGCUCUUGCACUUUGCGCCCGCGACGACGACGACUGUCGUGACUACGACGACGCAGACGACCACCAACUUCGCCCCGAUCCGCAUACCCAAAUCUCGCCCAAUUCGCGCCGUUCACUCGUCCUUCUCCGGCCCGUCAGGGGACGCAGCGAUGCGAUACGGCAGCCCCGUCACGCCGCGGACAUCCCUCCGUCAGCUUCUCGACGAGUCGAGCGAGGCAGGCCCGUCCUCGUCUGCUCUGCCGCUCGACCCCAAGAUGUACCCGCUGAGCUCCGAGCCAUGGCCAGGCAGCAUGCGACAAUUUCAGCUCGCGCUGGGCGACAUGUCGGCGACCUACGUAGAGAAUCCCGCGGAAGCUCUGACGCUCGCAGGCGCAGGAGUAGGCUGGCAGUCGAGCGGAGGACCGCCGCGCAGUGCGAAGGGGAAGGGGAAGGCUCGCAUCGAGGACGAGUCGGAUAUCUCGCCGCUGACAGGCGGUGCCGAGGGGUUGUCGCGGAACGAGCGAGGCGCUCUUCACCAGCGACGAUUGUCGCGGCGGCCUCGAGGAGCUGGGCACGGUCAGGACGCUCUUGACGAGGAGGCGGAUCGUGUCGACGACGUUGCACUUCCGUUACGGCACCCCUCGCCAGGUCCGCCUCGAAAACGCGCUCGAGCCGACUCGACCUCUCAGGCUUCCGUCGACGGUGAUGCGUCUGUCGCAGCUACCGGUCGACGCCUAAGUCAAGCUCACCUGCAAGCGCAUACGACAAGCAUGGGACCGCCGGCGACAGUCGUGAGCGCGGCUGCUCUCCCUAGUCCGAACCAGAGUCCGCCAAGUCCUGUCCCGACUUUCGGCGGCGAGGACAGCCAAGAGCUGCGAGACGACGACGUCGACGCUGCUGCGCAAGCAGGUGCCGUUGCACUUCGCCAAAGUUUCGACUUCGGCUACGGCAUCGGCCUGAGCGGCUUGCUCUCGUUACCCGACCUGGUCAAGUCCUUCGACCAGCUUCAGCCUACCCUCCAGUCGUACCUCCUCUUCCAGCUUCUCCGCCGGUCGUCCAUCCCCGUCCUUCAGUCCGUCAAUCAAGUCGUCGAGCACGCUCUCCGCCGCGACUUCCUCUCCGACCUCCCACCCGAGCUCGGCACGUCGAUCCUCAGCUACUUCGACGUUCGCGACCUGUGCCGAGCCUCCCUCGUCAGCAAGACGUGGCGGCGGCUCAUCGAUGGCGAAUGGCGAGUCUGGAAGGACAAGUUGGUAGCGGAGGGUUUCUGGAUUGGCGAUGGCAGCGACGAGCGAGAGGCGAGGGACAUCACCCGGGGCGGCAAGGAGGAUCUCUUCCUGAAGCGGUGGAAGGCGGGCGUCUGGGACAAGAAGAAACGCUCAAAGUGGUCCGGUCGGGUCCACGUCGAUGACUUGUACGGCGGAGGACCGACACCGCAGGGAUCUUCGGCUGUCAACCAUCGCCUCGCCUCGCCUUCGUCCUCGCGCGAAGCAUCGCCCAUCCCGCCGUCCCACUUCGUCCACCCCUUCAAGCUUCUCUACCGUCACCGCGUCCUCAUCCGCCGCAACUGGCAGCAGAACAUGCCGAAGCGCCUCAACUUCCCGUACUCGAGCUCGCCGCAAGCUGGCAACGCCGGCAACGCCGCCGCGAACACCAACAACCACGUCGUGACGUGCCUGCAGUUUGACAAGGACAAGAUCGUCUCCUCGUCGGACGAUCACUCGAUCAGCGUCUUCGAGACCCAGACCGGCGCGCUCAAGGCCGUCCUGAGCGGCCACGAAGGCGGCGUUUGGGCCCUGCAGUAUGUCGGGAAUGUGCUCGUCUCCGGAUCGACGGACCGCACCGUCCGCGUCUGGGACCUCGACACCUACCGCUGCACGCACGUCUUUAUCGGCCACACCUCGACAGUCCGCUGCCUCCAGAUCGUCGAGCCGCAGAACGUCAACCCCGACCCGUCCGGCCCGCCAGUCUGGGAACCGCCCUACCCGAUCAUCGUUACCGGCUCGCGCGACCACACUUUGCGAGUCUGGAAGCUUCCGAUGCCGGGCAAGGACGCCGACUACGAGCCGCCCUACCCCGAGAGUCCGUCUGAGGAAGCCGCCCAGCCCGCCGAAAACCCCUUCCCCCCCCGCCACUUGCGAGGACACACGCAGGCCGUUCGCGCUCUCGCCGCUCACGGCAGGACGCUCGUCUCGGGUUCGUACGACAUGGACGUUCGCGUGUGGGACACGAUGACGGGCGAGUGCCGGCACGUCCUGCAGGGCCAUACGCAGAAGGUCUACUCCGUCGUGUACGACCCGACCCGCAAGCAGGUCGCGUCCGGCUCGAUGGACGGCACUGUCCGUCUCUGGUCGACCGAGACCGGCGAGCUCCGCGGCGUCCUCGAGGGCCAUGCCUCGCUUGUCGGCCUGCUCGGCUUGACGCACCGCAACCUCGUCUCGGCGGCUGCCGACUGGACCCUGCGCAUCUGGGAUCCCGACACAGGCGCCUGCCGCCACUCGCUCGCGGCCCACCAGGGCGCGAUCACCUGCUUCCAGCACGACGAGGACAAGGUCAUCAGCGGCUCGGACGGUACCCUCAAGAUGUGGGACGUCCGCACCGGCGCUUUUGUUCGCGACCUCUUGACGAACCUCACAGGCGUCUGGCAGGUCUCGUUCGACCAGCGCUUCUGCGUUGCGGCGAUCUCUCGUAACGGCCGGAGCGAGUUUGAGGUGCUCGACUUUGGCUCCGUCGAGCCCGAACGCCCUUCUCGAGCGAAGCGGCCCUCUCGCACGCCGCGCAUCAAGACCGAAGACUCGGACGCAGAGCUCCCGGGCGCCUUCACCGAUACCGGUCGAGAUGUCGCCAUGAGCGAUGCGGCCGGCGGUGAGGAUCCCGUCACUCCCGGCGCCGGUACCUCGAACGCUGCACCACCUGCCCCGCGUCUCCGCGCAGGCGACUUCUCGCGCCUUCCAUCGGGAUCGUCGUCUGCCGCGUCGUCCCUGCUCGCCCAGGACAGCACGCCUUCGCGCCAAGCUGGCUCGGACGGCUCGUCGAGGCGGACUGUCCGUCGCCUGCACGGCUCGCGCGACCUGCAGGCGCAGGCAUCGACGUCGACGCAGGCCAUGGACGUCGAGCGCGACGGCAGCGACGACGAGGACGCCAACUCGGACGACGAGGUCAUGUCGGCCCUCGUCAAGAGCGAGGAGGACGACGACGAUCUGCUGGACGCUUCCCGGUGA